AUGGACAACCUUCUCACUUAUUUACUGUGGCCCCAAGCAAACUGAUCGUGGAACAUGUAUUGAAUCUUUUAUACGGACCACUUCGUCUUUUUUCCGUCGUACGGGUUCUUUUUAAAAAUUCCUGCGCAAAACCGGUGGCCUCGAUUCUUCGCUUAAAAGAUUGAACGGCCGUUCCGCGUCCACGAACGAAAGUGUUCUGUGCCCGAAAAUGCGCAAGAUCGUGACUCUCGUAUUGCUAUCAAUUUCACUAUUCCGCACUUUCCAGGACAUCCGCGGAUACAGCAUCCUGGGCAUUUGUCCGAGCGCGAGUUACAGCCACCAACAGCCCUUUCAAGCAUUGAUGAGAGCAUUGGCGUCCCGUGGCCACAAUGUUACUGUCGUGUCAACAAUUCCCUUAAAGAAUCCUCCACCGAAUUAUGAAAACGUUGAUCUAUCAUUCUCGUAUCGGAAGAAAGAUUGUACAGGAUUAAGACAUAUGGGAGCAUAUACAUUACUCCAUAAGAACAUGGAAGAAGCAAAUGAAUUAUGCAGAGAGCAGUUAUUCAGUUCCGCCAUCGCGAAGCUCAUAGCGAGCAACAAGACGUUUGACGCAGUCAUUAUAGAGCAAUUAUGGUACCAGUGUUAUUACGCCCUCGUAAAGCACUACAACUUCCCGGUGCUGAUGGGAUUUUUGAGUGUGGGCAACCUGCCUUAUGUAAUGGAUUCCGUGGGAAAUCCAGAUGAUCCCAACAUGAGUCCAGAUAUGGCGUACCCAUUCACGAACCGAAUGACAAUCGACGAACGUAUAUGGAAUACCCUUUACACGACGUGGACAAGAUUGUAUUACCGAUAUUGGCAUCUAUCAAGGGCUCAACGCAUCGCUAACGAAUGGGCGCUUGGUACAUCCGUCUAUGAUAUCGAUAAGAAUUUCAGCCUAGUGAUUCUGGGUAACAAUCAUGUAUUCGGAUAUCCAAAACCAUUACUGCCAAAUGUGAUUGAAGUUCACAGUCUGCAAAUUUCAGAAAAAUUCGAACCCUUACCCGAGGAUAUCCGAGCGUUCCUGGACAAUGCUCAGGAUGGUGCCAUUUAUUUCUCUCUCGGCUCGAAUCUGCAAACUCACCAGCUACCCGCCGGGCCUUUGACCGCAUUGUGCAACGCUCUGGGCUCGCUCAAGCAAAGAGUUCUAUGGAAACAUGACGGGAACAUGGCCAUUCAUCCAGCCAACAUCAAAUUUGUGAAGUGGGCGCCCCAGCAAGCGGUCCUCGCGCAUCCCAGGGUGAUGGGGUACGUGAUGCAGGGCGGAUUGCAGUCGUUGCAAGAGGCGGUCCACCAUUCCGUGCCGGUAGUCGCAAUUCCCUUUUUCGGGGAUCAACUUUUCAACGCACGUAAAAUCCUAGACGCCGGUAUCGGGCUGACACUGGACAUCGACUCUAUGACCGAGGACUCCGUCGUACAAACGCUCGUGGAGAUCGUCGAGAAUAAAACGUAUCUAAACAAUAUUAAAACAAUGUCGGCGAUUAUACGGGACGAGUUGGUAAAACCCAUGGAGAGAGCUGUGUGGAGUGUGGAGCACGUAUUGAAAUUUCCGAACUCGAGACAUUUACGGUAUCAUGGACGUGAUAUGUCAUGGAUAGAUUACUAUGCGACGUUUCUGUGCCUGACUGUAUGUCUCAUUGUUUUAUCGUAUUUUAUUUGUAUAUUGUGUAUUAAAGGCGCCGGUGUUUUUGUGAGAAGCAAGUGGAUAAAUGAUUUGAAACAAAAGUUUGACUAAUAAUGCAGAUUUGUAUGAUUUUGAGGUAAAUUUAAAUGUAAAAUGCGAAUUGAUGUCAUUAUACGAUUCAUUCUUUUUAUUAUUCAUUAUUUUUAUAUGUUGUUUGCACAGAAAAUAAAUAAACAGCUAACAUUUUAUUA